UCGUUUGUUUUGCAUUUGCAGGUUACCGUAUCUUCGACCACUUUCACCAUAAAGGAAGACACGCAAGUGCUCUUUUCCUGUUUUUAUGCCUUCUAAGCAUAAAAAAGAGGAAAUUCUCUGGAUCCCUUUCACCAUACAAAGGGUUAGAGUCUUUUGCACGGAUCACAGAGCACAGCAACACCAGCACCAUGUACGUCUUACCUGGAACUAUUGCCAUUUUAACCUUGCUUGCAAAUGUCAAGUCUGAGGAGCCAAAGCCCACCCCUCUUCCAAUAAGGGCCAAAGUGAAGGUGAGCAUGGGGGAGGCUCGGCUCUUCUCAGGGGAAGACGUCCAACUCACCUGCAGUGUACCUGAUCAACCUGCACCCAAAUGGACGUACCACUGGUUCCAGAAUGAGGUGUCUUUGGGGAUCUUCGAUGUUUACCGCUUGCAAAAGGCUCAAGUCCAGGAAGGAGGAAACUAUACCUGUUAUGGAGAGAAGGACAUUGACACCUGGCCCUAUUCAGUGCAGACACUUCCAAGCGAGCCACUCACUGUACAUGUGGACGGUGGUUGGGCCCUUCUGCGAAUCCCAGCUGAGCCUUUACUCAUUGAGGAAAGAAUGACCUUGACUUGUCGCAUUCGGGAUGAACCCGUGCUGGUGGAGGUGGUCUUCUAUAAGGAUGGGAUUGAGAUCCACAAACUGAAGGACAAAGACCUGGUGUUUCCAAAACUCGCGCUGAAGGACAAGGGCAGUUACUGGUGCAGAGCCACGUGGGUCCAGGGUUUUGAAUAUCACUCUGCCCAGUCCCUGCCUGCUUAUGUGGCUGUGUUAGAUAAACUCAACACUCCUGUGGUGGAAAUUGAGCCAGAAAAGUCGGUGAAGAGAGGCGAAAGGGUGGUCAUAAGGUGUGUGACCCAGCUAAAUGUAAGAGACAAAGGCCUGAGUGUAGACUACUACCUCCUGAAAGAUGGCUCCAGGCUGGGGCCCCUCGAAACAUACCUCAUCCCAUUCAUAGAAGAAGAUGACGCCGGGCUCUACUCCUGCAGAGUUCGUGUGAGAGCUCUGCAGUUGGAAAGAGUGAGUGAGCAGGUGAACCUGGAGGUCAGGCCAGAUGAUUACAAGCGCUAAAAGGUAGAGCCAAGUCUCGGACCGGAACGUGCCAUGGAUUUCAACUGCUGGCUUUCUCUCAGCCAGUUCAUCAGCUGCACUAUGGCCACACAGGACUGGAGUUUAGAGCCCCUUCUAUAAAUGAUGUUUUCUUACAUCUGAUCCUAAUAGACCUCUGAAGUCAUACAUUGUAGUCGAUGUGUUGCCCAUGUUAAGAACUCUGCGUCUGAAUAACAUUUUAGAAAAAACGCUGACAUUGCGCCUAUGGUAAACAAAAAUUUUCCAAACCUGAUAUGUUUUGUCCUACAUGCAUUUUCUUCCCUUAAUGUCACUGGAUCUUUUGGAUUAUGAGGCUGUUUAGCAGCCAAAAUAUGAAUAUGAAUAUGAAUAAUAUGUUACACACAUGCAACAACCCUGAAAUAGACAGCCCAGACCGGCAUGCAUUCCAUUCUGGUCUAUGCUGGAUUAUGCUGGUCACCAAGCAUCCAAAACAAAACAUAUGCUGGUUUUGCUAGUGACCAGUCAUGCUGGUCUAUGCUGUUUUUUCUAGCAGGGAGGCAGGCUAAUGGUUUUGCACGAUAAAAUGCCGUGGGGGCUCUGGAACAUUUUCGUUUACUACAGGAUGUGAUGGAAGUGAUUUUUGAAAACGCCACCCUACUGAUAAAACAGCAGAGACCAGCGAGCAUUUCGUGCUAGUCUGUGCUGGUUCUGGUUUAGUUGGUCACCCCAGCAUGGUCAUGCUGGUUGACCAGUGUACCAGCAUCAAAACACAACAGAUGCAGGUUGUGCUGGUGAUGAGCCAUGCUGGUCUAUGCUAGUUUUCUAGCAGAGCAUUCAUUUUUCUAGUAUAGAAAACAGCUAGCGGUGUUACAUAAAUACUGCUGUCAAAAGUUGGUGUGAAGUUCUUUCAAGGUCAAAAUCUCACAUGUAGAGCUGUAAAUGUUAAAUGUUAACACUGAAAAGGUUGAUACCGUUCAGACAUUUGCAAAAAUGACGUCUCUUUGUUUAGGCUAGCAAGUCUUCCGAGGUACAAGGUAGGUGUACCUAAAAGUGGCAGCUCAGCGCCUGUUUUACUGCUGUAUAUUAGUCUACUUUGCUAACAUUUUUACGAAACACAAGAGCCUUAAUGUAACACAGACAUGCCUGAGAGGUCUGAAGUAACAGUGUGGCUAGGCUAACCUAGCUAAAAUGAGAAAAGACAUUUCUCUGUUCUCAAUGUUACCUCGACAAGCUAACAUGUUCCAACAUCAUUCACUGAGCAGAAGGUAAUUCACCUCAUGUAGACGAUCAAUGUCUCUCAUCUGACAUUAACCAGUUAGCGCUAGCAUUAGCUUAUGAUCUGAUUUAACCCAUGACUUCAGAGGUCUGUUCUUGCUUCAACUGGAUUGAAGCCAUAUAAAAAUGAUUCUCCAUCUAAAUGAGACACUACUAUUGCAUGUUUCAUCUUGUAUCAUUUUGCCAGGACAGACGUGGAGACCAUAAGAUCAUAUUUCUUAUUUGAUUUUAAUACAUAUGCACAAUUGCCUGAUUUACAGCUCAUAUAGCAAUACUGUUUUUUUUUAAAUAUGUAUAUCAUACAUGACUGUUACAGACUAUCAGUAAUAAACAUAUUACCUUGCUUCUA